GGACCGAGCAGGACAGCCGCCAUCUUGCGCGGAGCUGGAGUCGGAGCCCGAGGCUGUGGCCGAGAGCGCGCGUCCCUCCGCCCCUCCCGGAGCUUUUUCCCGCCGCGUCCUCGUCCGGCCCGGCCCGGCCCGGCCUCCCCGUGGGGUCGCGCGGCCGUCCCGGGGACGAUGAACGGAGGAUAAAUGGUGCCCAAGGCAGACAGCGGCGCCUUCCUGCUGCUCUUCCUUCUGGUGCUCACGGUCACCGAACCGCUGCGGCCAGAGCUGCGGUGCAAUCCCGGGCAGUUUGCCUGUCGCAGUGGUGCCAUCCAGUGCAUCCCCCUCCCCUGGCAGUGUGACGGCUGGGUGACCUGUGAGGAUGAGAGCGACGAAGCUGACUGCCCAGAAGUGAUCGGGGAGUCUCGUCCUUACCAUGGGAAGGAGGCUGUGGAUCCAAGGCAGGGGCGGGCUCGAGGCGGCGACCCCACACACUUCCACACCAUGAACGUGGCGCAGCCUGUCCGCUUCAGCAGUUUCCUAGGGAAGUGCCCGACAGGGUGGCACCACUAUGAGGGCACAGCCAGCUGCUACCGAGUGUACCUGAGCGGGGAGAACUACUGGGACGCCGCACAGACCUGCCAGCGUGUGAAUGGGUCCCUUGCCAUCUUCUCCACCGACCAGGAGCUGCGCUUUGUACUGGCCCAGGAGUGGGAUCAGCCGGAGCGGAGCUUUGCCUGGCAGGACCAGCACAAGUUGUGGGUUGGCUACCAGUAUGUCUUCACUGGCCGGAACAGCUCCUUGGAAGGUCAUUGGGAGGUGGCAUUCAAAGGGUCCCCAGAGGUACUGCUACCCCCGGACCCUGGCCUGGCUGCAGCUGCGUCCGACAACAACGUCGUGCUCUGUGCGCAGCUCCAGCGCUUCCACUUCCCCACACUCCGCCACCGCGACCUGCACAGCUGGCGUGCUGAGAGCUGCCAGGACAAGUCUUCGUUCCUGUGUAAACGAAGUCAGACGUGUGUUGACAUCAAGGACAACGUGGUGGAUGAAGGGUUCUACUUUACCCCCAAAGGAGAUGACCCUUGCCUGAGCUGCACCUGCCACCGAGGGGAACCCGAGAUGUGUGUGGCUGCGCUGUGCGAGCGUCCCCAGGGCUGCCAGCAGUACCGCAAGGACCCCAAGGAGUGCUGCAAAUUCAUGUGCCUGGACCCAGACGGCAGCAGCCUGCUGGACUCCAUGGCCAGCGGGAUGCGUCUGGUCGUGAGCUGUGUGUCUUCCUUUCUCAUCCUGUCGCUACUACUCUUCAUGGUCCAUCGGCUGCGCCAGAGGCGCCGCGAGCGCAUUGAAUCCCUGAUUGGAGCCAACUUGCACCACUUCAACCUCGGCCGCAGGAUCCCUGGCUUCGAUUAUGGCCCAGAUGGGUUCGGCACGGGCCUCACGCCACUGCACCUUUCUGACGAUGGAGAAGGUGGGACUUUCCACUUCCACGACCCUCCUCCUCCCUAUACUGCAUACAAGUACCCGGAUAUCGACCAGCCUGAUGACCCGCCACCACCCUACGAGGCCUCCAUCAACCCGGACAGCGUGUUCUAUGACCCUGCAGAUGAUGACACCUUCGAGCUGGCAGAGGCCACCCCACCAACCACAGGGGAUGGAGGUGAGGAGGGUGCAGUGCCCCGGUGCCUGGAGCAGCCUCUGCCUCCCCCCGGGGCCUCUCUGGCAGACCUGGAGGACUCAGCCGACAGCAGCAGCACCCUCCUUGUGCCCCCUGACCCCACCCAGAGUGGGAGCAGCCCAACCACAGAGGCACUGCCAUUGGGUGGCCGCCACAGCCGAAGUUCCCUCAAUACGGUGGUGUAGAUGGCCCAUGGCCCCGGCAAGCGGGGAGCACUUGUUUGCUGUUGAGAAAAACACUGAUCCCCAUGGGGGACUUGUGGGGCUCCUGAGCGAGCCUGGACCCAACUGCCCAGCUGCACCCCUGCUGGCGUGCCCCUGUUGAGACCCUGUGCUGGCCCAGGGAGCCAGUACCUGCCCCAAGGCUCCAUGAGGGCUUCAAAAACACACGUAGCUUUGGGUCACUGUCUUUUUCUUUUUAAGUAGCAGGAAAAUGACGAAGUUCACGAGACUACACGUGUCAGGAGCAGGGAACAAAGGCAGUGCUGUGGGUUUGGGUGGGACUGGGCCACCCCACCUCUGGUGGGCAUGCUCACCACCAAACACCCUCUGUGUGCGCCUUGCCAGCCUCUUUUCAGAAGGGUGCCCUGGCAGGUGUCUGAGGACUCUCAGUGUGGGCUGGGCAGCAGGCCUGCUUUGGGCCAGACAGCCUUGGAGGUUGCUACAGUGGCUGCUUGGGGGACAGCCCCCAGGUCCAGCUGCGAGGGGAGCGUGGAAGGUGGUUGGACCCUACACUGUCUUUCCAGCUGGGCUCUGUGAAGCCCAUUCUGUGCCAGGAGGCCCUGGCCCCAUCCAAGGAUUUCUCCCCAGCAUUGCUGUGCAUGGUUCCCCCAGGAGGCAGCUCUGGAACUGGGCUGAGGCCUUUAGCCGUGCAUGAGUGUCCUGACCUGGAUCCUCCACUGGGCCUGGCUCCUCUCUGCCACCCUCUGGAGCCCCUGCUCCUGCUGAACUUGCCCCCGGGCCUGACCUGCCCCCAUCCUACCUAUUUGUGCCAUAAGGGUUGUUUCUUUGGGGGGAGGGAUGGCUGAAAUUAAGGUUUCAGUCUACCCAUCUCCUGAGAAUUCACUUCCUGCCCACUGCCGCCACCACUGGAGCGGGGUGCUGGGUGCCCUUCCAAGGUUGGGGGGGGGCCUUUGACCAAGGGACCCUCUUUACCUGCUUCUGGGCAGUGGUCUUGUCUCUUUACAUGGGGCUUUAGCAUUUCUGAGGUUUGGAGAUGAAGCGGGUUCUGUGCGAUUUUUAGCACAUCCAUAUCUUUUCUACGUCGAAUGUCUGGAUCUUUUUGUGCGUGUCUGUGCGUGUGCAUAUGUGUCCAAGUGUUUGCAGGUGGUGGCAGUACAUGGCGACUUAGCCACGGGGCCCCCUUUCCAGGGCCAGCCACAGCAUGUUGGGUAGCAGCAAGGGGGGUGAUGAAGUGGGUGCUCGGUGGUGACAGGUCUUACUGGCACAGGCCAUUUCCGGGCAUGUUCUCACAAUCUGGUUGAAAACCGUUGUGUUCUUCUCUGGACAGAAUGAGAUCCUCAGGUUGCCCGCACACCUGGGCUUGGCCCACAGGAGCGAGUGCUGGAGGUGGGCCCUGCACAAACCCCCUGCAGAGGGCUGGGACUUGAGAAUUGCCUCCUGGUCUUGUGUGCCCACACUGGCUACCGAGGAUGAAGCAGAAAGCGUGUCCUGCCUUUGCCAUGUUGUGGGCACAGCACAGCCAGGUCCCAGGCAGUGGUCACAGCCUUGGUGUUGAGAGGGUCCUGAGCACACCUGCUUUGGGUUAGGCACCCCCAUGGAGCUGCAUAGGAGCCUGGUCCCGACAGCUUAGGGUCCCUCCUAGCCCCCAUAUCUCUGACCCAAGCCUCAGAUCCAUGUGUACAGGGCAGGGUGGCUGGUGUGACAUGUGUGGGACUGGGGAGUUCUUUUGGGGACCGAAGGACUGGCAGAUGUGUGUGGGAGGCACUGAGCAGGAGUCAGACUGGGGUUCUGUCCAGGGUAGCUCAGCCCUGUGUCCUUGGGCCAGGCUGAAGGCCCCCAUGCCACGCUUCUCUAGGCCCUGCCUCCUGACCACUUUGUCUCCAGGAACUGGUGUCCGAGGGGCUGAGCUCCACUGGAGGGUAGGGUAGGGAAGCAGGGGAGAGCUGGGGUCAAUCAUGAGGCCUGCGUGCUCAGGUGAAUCCCAAGACCAGCCUUGCUUGAGUCUUGUGCUCCUGUGAGAGGCAGACACACUGGGCCCUAGAGGGACAGGCCAUACCUGACCUGCCUGGUGGAGGUGGUGUCACUACUCUACAUUGUCUUAAUGCCUGUUUGUUUUCCUUUCACUAAGGGUUUUUAGUUUGGGUUUAUUUUUGGUUGGGUUGGCACUAAUUCUUAAGAUGCUGUGAGAACCAUUACAUCCAAAUGCCAAAUAAAUUUGUGUUCUGGAA